UAAGAACUAAAAGUAUGAAGAAUUUCACAAGGAGAGAGAGAGGAGGAAAAGGGACAAAGCAGGUCUGCUUGGUGGUGGAUGAAAUAACUUUCCAAUUGCUAAAACAAACAGGAGCAACAUUUUUUGAGCACAUGUUGUGUUUGCUCUUUUUCUCUUACAUGUUUAUAUGUGAUAUAUGAUCAACAUUUACAUCUAUAUACUUUUUCUCUUACCAUUGCUGACUGAUACAAUAAUGACCUUCCUUUCCUUCCACCUGCUCUUCCACUGCUUUCAAACUCAUUAAUAAAGCAGUCACAGGCCAAAGGGUGUUACCGUAUUAGUGUUACUUCUCUUUAGAGGUGAAGGGUAGAAUGGCGAGUAAGUCAGGGAGCAGCAAGCGGAAAAAUGGUGCCAAGGGAGAGAUUGUGGAUGGUUCAAAGAUUAUGGAGUUGGUUGGAAAUGAACAAGUUUUCAGCAACUUUGUGGAUAAUAAGUUUGACGAGUUGGAUAAGGACAGAGAUGGGAAACUCUCCAUGAAGGAGCUUGAACCUGCUGUUGCUGACAUCGGUGCUGGCCUUGGUUUGCCUGCUCAAGGCACUAGUCCUGAUUCAGAUCACAUCUAUUAUGAGGUCUUGAAUGAGUUCACCCAUGGCAAGCAAGAAAAAGUAAGCAAGAUGGAGUUCAAAGAAGUUCUCUCAGACAUUCUUUUGGGCAUGGCUGCUGGACUAAAGCGAGACCCUAUUGUUAUACUCCGCAUGCAAGGAGAAGAUCUACUUGAGUUUGUGAAUGGUCCAAGUUAUGAAGCAGAAAUGGCAUCCAUUUUCUCUCAGAUUGAGUCCCCUAGUGGAUCACUUCGUGACCAUGUAAUUGAAGCUUUUGGGAGACUCACUGUUGAUCAUGGAAUUCCUCCCACGUCAGAUUCGUGGGUAGAUGCUGCAACUACUCUGUCCUUGAAUGUUUUCAACAACAUUGUGGAUCCAGCACUGUCUCAAGCUGGGCCUGCUUUGGACAAACCUGCUUCUCAGGAGAAAUUUUUGGAAGAAUUUAAGAGAGUGGCACUCAGUGUGGCUGAUUUUCUUAAAGAGAAACCUGUCAUUGUUGCCCACAGCGAAAACACAUUCGAUGGACGAGGCGUUAAGAAACUUUUAUCCAACAAGUUUGAACUAGAAAGGACAUUGAACUUGGCUUUAGAGAAUCUGUCAAAAGAUCGCAAUGGAAAAAUAUCAAAGGACAAUCUGCGGGUGGCACUAGAUCUGGUGUCUCCAUCUGCUGGUUUGCCUCCAGUUGGUGCAAUUGAAGAGAUGGAUAAAGUUAUCAUUGAAGCCUUUAAGAUGGUGAAUGCCGAUGACAGAAACACGGUUACAGAAGAAGAAUUCAAGAAAAGUUUAACUGAAAUAUUGGGGGGUAUCAUGUUGCAGUUAGAGGGCAAUCCCAUAUCUGUUUCUUCAAACUCAGUCGUGCAUGAGCCUUUAGGCUCAUCUUCUACACUCUUGCAGCCAUCUUCUAGUGAGACAGCAUAGUUGUCUCAAGUUUAUCACCGAUCAAGAAACUAAGUUCAAUCAUUUUGCUUAUUGAUGCAAAUUGUUACUGGGCAUAGUCUCUUUUUAAGAGUCACUUUGUAUGCUGUGGGAUUAUUUAUGGAUCUGAAAAUAAUAAAAUUCCAUGAAAAAAAAAAAAACUCACAAUUAUCCUUUGC